AUGUCGGGAGAAAAACGAUCAUAUCCUGAAGAUGAGGAUGAACCUUGGAGACCUCGGAGAAGAGAGGUCCAAGCCCCGCAGAUUGUACCUGGCGUGGGCAGCGACGAUCUCCCGAUCGGCAAACUAUGCAACCUCAUCUCCUUGAGCAAAUACAAAGACAUGCCGGUGCUCAGAAAACUUGAUUGGCGCAAGGUAGCUGGUACUGAGUAUCCCAAGAGAAGAAAAUUGACCACCGAGAGAUCGCUGGCUGCAGCAUUAACGCAGACAAGAGGACACGAAAUUACUGAUCCGCCGUGCUCUAAUUGCGAAAAAGGUCUGGGUCCGUGGGAGACGUGCGUUGUCAUUACAAAUAAAGAAGACGAUUCGAAACUGGCCGGUACAUGCGCGAAUUGCCAAUUCAGUCGGAGAAAAGACUGCUCUUUUCGAGCUAUCAAGAUUGAAGACAUCGAAGAUCCCGAAUACGAAUGGGAAAAGGAAGACAAAGACUUGAACAAGAUUCCCUAUGCACCAAGCAGCACAUUGGAGCCCGGUGAAGCGAGUAGUGCUAUAUCAGAGCUGCGUGAUACAUCGAUAGAGAGUCCUUUGAAGCCUCAAAACAUGGAGGACGACCCCGAACUACCAACAUAUUUAGAUCCCGACAUUCGGCCGGGCAACCCACCAGAAAAAGCUCUUCAUUCACGGAGCCCAGUUGAGACUCAGGUUUUGGAUGGGCUCCAAAUUGCUGUGGCCCAGAAGGAUCCAGGAGAAACAAGCAUGACCACUAAUGGUAGCUCGCCUUCCACCAAGUCUAAACUUGAUGGCAAUCUUCUACCAUUCCCUUUAGGCCCUGAAGCCUUUGACAGUCUUUCGCUCUUGAGACAAGCAGAAAGGGACACGGUGAUUCACCUAGAAGCGAUGCGGAAAAGAAUCAGCGAGCUUGAAAUGAAGGAGAACCAACAGGCGUUGUAUAAUCCUUGGGAUUUUCUUUGA